GUCACAAGCAAAGUACACCACUUCAGUAAUAACAAUAACAAAGAAAAUCAGCUUUCAUGAAGCAUUCAAUCACCCUCAGAUCAGCAGCACCAUCAUCAUCAUCAUCCAUCAAAAACACCCCUUCCUCUUCAUCAUCAUCAUCAUCACCAGCAGCAGCAACACAUCCAACAACACCAAUCCGAUCAGAAUCACAAUCAGAAUCAACCCACGAGAAAUCAAAACCGGACCAGAAACCACCGAUCUGGUGGUCCAAUCUCAUCUUUUUUAUUUCGGUGCAUUUGAUAGGACUAUAUGGAGCGAUAGGAGUUUCGCCGAUCGAGAAGAUAAGCAAGCAGACGAUCCUGCUGACGAUUCUAUCAUGGCAACUGGCCACCUUUGGGAUCACGAUCGGAUACCAUAGGCUGUGGUCCCACAAGUCCUUCAAGGCCUCCAUCGGCCUGCGUUGGUGCUUGAGCUUCUUGGGCUGUCUCGGCUUUCAAGGUAGCAUCAAGUGGUGGGUCUUGAGACAUCGGUUGCAUCAUCGUUGGACUGAUUCCGAAUUCGAUCCUUAUAACUCUAAGAAAGGCCUUUUCUUCUCCCAUAUGGGUUGGAUCUUUAGAAAACCUAAAUACGAAAAACUUAAAUUAAUCGAUCAAACUGAUUUAAACCAAGAUCCAGUGGUCAGAUUCCAACACAAGUAUUAUGUCCCGAUGAGCAUCUUUAUGGGCUUCAUAUUACCGUAUCUGUUGAGUGAGAUGGUAUUAAAGAGCAACCGAGAAUCGAGGCUGGAUGGAUUGAUCUGGGCGGGCUUCGUGUCGAGGAUCCUGAUCUGGCACUUCACCUUCCUGAUCAACUCGUUUGCUCAUUACUAUGGUGAACGCUCCUUCGACCUCGAUAUCUCGGCUAGAUCUAACUUCCUCUUGGCACUCUUCACUGGCGGUGAAGCUAAUCAUAAUUAUCAUCAUGUGUUUCCUAAGGAUUAUAGGAAUGGUCCUGAUAGUUUGGAUUGGGAUCCAUCCAAGUGGAUAAUUUAUCUCUUACAUCGAUAUACGAGUUUGAUACCGAAGAUCAAUUACACGGAGUCGAGUGAGGUAGAAGAGGUACGUCAGAGGGUCUUGAAGAUCACCUCGUCGAAAAGGAAGGAUGGAGGUCGGCCGAGCAAGUUCGAGGACAUCCAUCAGAUCAGCUUGCUUUCAUCCUCUUCAUCCUCCUCCUCCUCCUCGUCCUCUGAUCAUGAGCCGGAAGAUCAUCCGUCGUCCACGGAAACCUCGGAGUAUAAUCCUAAGCGACGAGCCGAUCGGGCGGCAACUACUUCGACCCCGGCUCCUCCUAAGCCGACACUUCCACGUUGGAAACGAGACGAGAUGUUGAUCAAAUUGGUCGAUUAUCAUCAUCAUCAUCAUCAUCAUCUUUCUUCUUCUUCGUCAACUCCGGUCAAGAAACCUUCCCAGCUUCGGAUCCUAGUCAUCGAUAAUUAUCUCGUCGAUGUCACUCAGUACUUUAGAUCGGCUACUCAUCCUGGUGGGAAUCGGAUCCUGGAACGGUUCCAAUUAGAUUUAACGUCGCUUGAUCGAUUAGAAUCUUUACUCAACUCAACACCUUCUUCUGCCACCACCACCACUAUCACGACUCCUCCCCCUCCCACGACGACGACGACGACGACGACGACGACGAAGGGAAUCAAGUCAGAUUCACUCGAGCCUCUUCUCGAUACGUUUACUGAGUUCGAGCGGUUUAAAGAAUCGAUUCGGUUUGGCGAUUGUUCUCUUCAGUUCAGAUUCGAAUUUAAUGUCCAUUCUAGUGUCGCUUGGAUCAAAAUGAAGAACCUUAGGAUCGCUAGAUUGGUCCCUUGAUCCUCUUCUUCCCCUAUCGCUUUAUUCUAUCCUCUGACUUGGUUUGCUUGAAUUAUCUUUUUUUUUAACUUCGAACUCUUUUUUCUGUCGAGCUGUGAACUUUUAUUGAAAAUUAUAAGCACUUCUAUUUCUCUCUCUCUGCUUUUUUUCAUAGAUAUUUCUGAUCUGUUUCUUUUUUAUUAUGCUCAGUUUUUUUGGCUCUGUCUUCUUCUAUAUUUAAAAUCAUCAUCCCCUU